UCUCAGCAGGAAACCGAUGGAAUGCCUUCUCCAGUCAUCUCUUCCAUCCCCCUGUCUCCAGUUAGCUGGCCUCAUCCUCCAGUCCUCUUCCUCGCGGUUCCCUGCUCCACACUACCUCGGAUUCCAGCGCCCUUCCUCGAGCUCCUCGCCUGUGGUCUCCCCGUUCUCCCUGAGCUCCCUUGUCAGGUUGUAGCAGAGAAAGGCGGACCCAAAAUGCUGAGAGCAGGCAGGCAGGCAGGCAGGCAGGAGAAAGGUGAAGACAAGGAUUUAUUGAACAAAAACUAAAUAAACCAAGGAAGUCCUGAGUGCAGCAGCAGGCAAAAACCAAUACCAAAAAUGAAACAAAAGACAUCCAGGGAGCAAAAAACCAGACACGAACAAACACUGGGAGAGUGGAGAAGGACAACGGGAAACACAAAGACUAAAUACACAGACUAAUGAGAAAACACAAGACAGGUGACA